CGCAUGCUCACCAACGUGGAUGGAGAAGAAAACAAUUAUUUUGACGGAUUAUAUUAUCAUCACAAGAAUAUAGGAAAUAAAGAGCUAGUUCCUUUCUAGGAAUAUGAUUUAAAACAGACGGUUCAAACUCGGUAUGGGGGCUACUAGUAGUAGUUUGAGUGACUUGUCAUCUAAUGAAUAUCUACAGAAGCUUGCUGGCACUGAAGCCAUAGAUAAAAUCGAUCCUUUCUGGAACCAGCUACUUUCAUUCUCAUUCCUGAUACCAAUUAACACGUCUGAUUCUCGUAUUUUAGAAGAAGCGACAUCUCAGAUCAGUCGUAACUUUGCUAUCAAUAACUGUCAUACUGGUAAUUUUGCAGCACUAGUUCACAACUUUUUAAUUCGAGCCACAGAGCUGAAAGCUUCAGCACAAUGUGAGGACAACAUCUUUAUCUGGCAGACUUAUAAUGCAUUGUUUAUUAUUCGAAGCUUAUGUAAAUAUUUUGUGGAACAUCUGAGUGAGGAAUUACUAUUACAACAGUUUGAUUGUAGGGCUAAUCCUGCUGACUCAGAUGGGGAAAGUGGAGAUGAAAAUGAAUCAGGGGAUCAGAUGGGAUUAAUGGCUGAAGAUUUGAUGAAUUCUUUAAUAGAAUUAUUGGUUGAUGUUCCAGUUUUGAAUUUUACCUAUGCUCUUCAUCUUGAAUCAUUGAAUACGCUACUGGUAUUAUUAUCUAUACAGAUGUUUCAAACACAAGCUACCAGUAAUUUUGUUUUAUAUCGAUUUAUGAUGCAAGGAAAAUGUGCAAUCCAUGCCCCUUUGUUAUUAAAAGCCUUACUAUGGAACUAUAUAAAUCAAGAAAAAUGUCCAGCUGAAUUAUAUAAAGGAUCUGAAGAAGGAGGCAGUUUAAUUGUCCAUUUGACAAAUUCUGUAGCUUCUAGUCUGUGGUCUGUUGUAACCCUUGGGAUGGGACAACAAGAAAAGAAGAAGGAGGAUGAAUUUACAGAAACAUUAUUAGCCAAUCAGAGUCUUUUAUUUAUUUUGGUGCUGACAAACCAUUGUACAAGUUGUGAUAGAGGAUUACACAAUCCCUAUCGUGAAGUUCUUUGUUCGUUUUUGGAUUCCGAAGAUCAAUCAGCUACACAGGGUCCAACACAUGCUGUAGCAACAUUUAAAAUUGAUUUCUCUAAGUUAUAUCAGACAUUAUGUCUUACACUACGUGAUGAUCAAACCACAUUAUUACUAUAUUUAUUAAUACACCGAAACCCUAGAGUUAAAGAUUAUCUACUAUCUAGAACAAAUAUAGACCAUUUGGUAAUGCCUUUAUUAAAGAUCUUAUACCAAGCCAUGGAACGGAACUCUCAUCAUAUCUAUAUGGCUCUUAUUAUACUUCUAAUAUUGAGUGAAGAUGAAGUAUUUAAUAAAGCCAUUCACGAAAUAACAAUAAAGAAUGUAUUAUGGUUUAAAGAACGGCCUUUAACAGAAGUAACAUUGGGAGGAUUGUUGAUAUUAGUUUUAAUACGAACAAUUCAGUUUAAUCUGAGUCGCAUGAGAGAUAAAUAUUUACAUACUAAUUGUUUGGCAGCUUUGGCAAAUAUGUCAUCUCAGUUUAUCAAUCUACAUCCAUUUGUGGCACAGAAAAUAGUCAGUUUGUUUUCUCAACUGUGUAAGAAACAAUCUAGAUUAAUAGAUCAAAUCAGUGAAUUAGCUACAAGUGCAAAACAAAUAGAAAAUAAGACACAAGAAAAUACAGAAGAUAAAGAGGAUGAGAGUGCUUUAUUAUUACAAGAUAUGAAUGUUUUAGAAGAGGUUAUAAGAAUGGUGUUAGAGAUUAUCAACUCUUGUUUAGCUUCAUCUUUACAUCAUAAUCCUAAUCUAAUCUAUACCUUACUAUAUCAACGUGAUCAAUUCACCUUGUAUCGUACACAUCCUACAUUUCAAGACAUCAUUCAAAAUAUUGAAACGGUACUGAAUUACUUCUCAGCUAUGUUAGAGAAAUCUGGUAGAAGUAACCUUACACCUAAUGAAGUACUGGAAUAUAUUAAACAGGGUUCGGUUAAAUUUAGACGAGAAAGACUUCAGAAAUUUCCAGAUCUGAAAUUUAAAUACGUGGAAGAAGAUUCACCAGAAGAAUUUUUUAUACCAUAUAUCUGGUCAUUAGUACAUCAAUCAUCUAAUAUGUACUUUAAUCCUUCUAGAAUUAUUCUAUUCUCAGUUGGUAAUUCAGAGGCAGAAGGAACAUUAAAAUUGGUAUAAGUUCUACAGUGUCAGUACUGUAAAGAAGAAGACAGUGCUUAUUGAUAGACUAUUGGUCAGUAUAGACCUGGAUUGUUCAUUCACAUUUGUAUCAGAGGAUACCAAAACUUCAUUUGUAUAUUCAUUGCCAUUCUGUUUUAUAUUGGUGUAUUUUGUUUACUUCAAAUCACCGAGAUAAAAUCUUUAUUUUCAAUGCAAGUUUGUCCAAUUAUGAACUGUGGUUCAUAAUGUUCUGUGUAUAUAUAUAUAUAUCUCAUUUACAUUUUAAGUUACAAAUACUGCGGCGCAAGGAAUUUAGUGCGUUAUGAAGUUAAAGUAAACAGAAAUUGAAUGCCAUCCACUGUAUCCUAUUUUCUAACUUAAAUUGGAAGGCUUCUUAUAAAUUGAAAAAGAGGUAAUGUUCCAGUUUAAAUAAAUAUCAGAUAAUUACACCAUUAACAUCAACCAUAUUGAUUACCCUAUCAAUUAAUCAUCAUUUUUGUUUUGAUGGUGUUUUAAUGUUGAACAAGAAUGUCAAUUGUCUUGUGGAACUAGUUGGCUACCAUACCUAAAUAUUUUGGGCUAUUUGAAAAAUGUGACACAUUAAGUUUUUUGUUUUGCAGUAAAUAUUUAGAUGAUAGAACAACUUACAUGUAUAUAGAUUAAUAUUAAACACAUUCUCUCUCUUACUUUCAAGAUAUCAUUUUGUUAAUAUGUACAUAGUAAUAAUUUUAUUGUAAACAAAUUAUUUUUUUAUACAUAGUCAUAUGUAUGGUUGUGAGAUGAAUGGCUACUAUCUAAUGUUGACCUUGUGGUCAAAUUACUAAUGGUGUAAAUCGAAGAUGUUGACUAUACAGGUCCAUUGGGCAUGUUCAGGCUAGAUCAUGUGCAAAACUUGAAAGAAAUCGGCACAUUUAUGGCUUAGAUACAUGCAUUUGAAUAUAAUUUAUAAGUAGUAAGCAUUUAAUAAUGGUUUCAAGUUAGCAAAUGCUCAAAUUGCUAUGUUCUAAUUUGCCAAGUACUUUAAAAUUCAAUAAUUAGAUGAAUCUUUUUUUAUUUUGAAUAUAUUAUUUGAAUUAAAUGUGUUGGCUUGUUUGAACUGAAAAUGCAUCUUCAGUAAUAAGUUAUUAGAUCCAAAACUGUCUGAGUACAUCAGAUAAAUGUUUUGGGAUUUCACUGCAGGACUUUAACUACUGGUAUGUUUAUAGUGGGUGUCAUUAUCAGGAGGUGUCUUAUAGUAUAGAGAAGAGUGUACGUAGAUUAGAUCAUUGACUAAUUAAUAAAUCCUUCUUUUAAUUCGGUUAAUAUACAUAAAUUGUUGGGGGAUUGGAGAUUUGUCCAAUUUAUUUCUGUUUUAUAGUGUAAAAUAUUACUAUACAUAUUUUGUAAAUAUAUUUUGUUACAAGGUCCACAUUGGUGUUUGUGUAUGGUUCUUUUUAAAGGCAUUUAUCUUGUAUAUAUUAAAAAUAUAAGUAAUACAUCCAAGAUGUAUAUGUUUGAAUACAAAUCAAGACUUUUAAUUUAUAUAAAUAAAUUCUGCAUUAAAAUUAUGUAUUAAAUUGAUAGUUAUAUCAUUAAGGCCAUACAAAAAACAUAUCAAGGAUCAAUUCUGCCUGGGCUAAAUGACUUCUCAUAAACAUCACAUUUCAAGACAUUACAUUUAUUUUAUGUUGGUUUUAAUAGAAAUAUUAUGAUUGUCAAUAACAUUUAUCAAGGUUGCAUACUUGAUAACUGAGCCUAUGAUACAAUUCAGGUUUCAAUCAGAAACGAUUUAUUGAGUUACUUCUUGUAACCAGAAGAAAAUAUAAAAGUUUGGUAAAUAAUGAGACUGCUUUUAUUUUAUCAAAUAAAAAUGGUUGUACAUCAUUUUUUAAGUGACACAGGAGUAGACCUAUCUGAGAAUAUUUAAUUUAUAUGGCCUAAUGAAAAAGUCAUCAGUUGAUAGUUUGGGUUUUAAUCAUACUGGAACUCGAUGGUUUAUUGAUAUUUGAAUAUUUAUUUGUAUGACAGUUUGAAAGUGUGUUCAUUUUUCAAUAAUCUGCCUAGAACUAGUAGAACAAACAGUUAAGAUUAUUGUUUUAUUCAUUCAUACAAAGUUAAUUAAUUCAGUGUAAUUUACUCUCAACAUUACUAUUAUUUAAACUUACCUGUAGUAUAAUAGUUGAAACUAGAAAGGAUGAACAUCGUCACCAAUUCCUUCCUUACUUUCUUCACACACUAUCCAAUUCUAGAACUAUUUCCCCCAAAUCAGUUAGAAAAGAAAAAUAAUUUUGUUGAAGAUAUUUUCUAUACACAUUUAGUAUUGUAAAUAAUGGGUAUAACAAUAUUUAUUAUAUAGUUUUCAAUAUGAUAUAUUACAGGGUUGUUGCUGUUUGUUAAAUAUUAAUAUUGUCAGUUGUUAUUACUUUCUAAAAAAAAACAAUUUAUAAUUUGAUCUAUUUCUGAUAUAUUAAACAGGCAUUAUGUAAGAUUUAAAUAAAGAGUUGACCGUUCUUGGAAUAAUGGUUUAAAAACAGAUAAUGAAAACUUAAUGUAUUGAAAAUUUCAUUCAAAUUACUUUACUUUAGUUAUGAUUGUUUGAAGAUGUAGCGAGAUUGAUUAUAAUUAUUGUAGCUACGGUACAUGAUAAUCAAGGCCAAGUCUCGAUUAUCCAUUUUAUCAGUAAAUUUUUAAUUCAUUUAAACCUCUGCCAUCCAAUGAUUUAGCGAGUUGAUUAUAGGCUUGUCAUGUGAAUAAAUGUCUAAAUAUUUAUUUAUAAAACAUUUGAAGCCCAAAUAAAAACCUGCAAUAGGCAGAUUGAGCUCUUACAUAAUGCAUCUUUAAGUUUAUUAUUUAUAUUUAUUCCUGUCAAAGAUAUAAAUACUUGACUUAUUUGUUACAUGUAUUAUUGGUCAUGCAGAGAAGUGGAAUAAAAAUUAUUUAUACGAAA